GAUCACUAGAAUUUUCAUGAAGAAAAGCAGCUGUAAAAGCUCUUUGCUGAAGCAAAGAGCUUUUAGCACUGCUAAGCUUAGGGAAUUUUGGAAUGAUUUCUCAGAUGAUUAUGUUCAAGAAGCAGAAACAUUGGGCAUUCCGAUAGGACUUGACCUGUAUGAACUGACUCGUGCGAGGAAAGCGAGGAGAGUUAUAGAGACAGCAGCCGGAGCAGGAACUGCAUCAGCAAUGUUUAUAGCUCAUUUGUUAAAGCUAAGGAGUAGUUUUGUAGCUUGAGAUCUUUCAGAUGAGAUGGUGAGUAAAAUUCAACAAAAAUAUUCUGAUUUAUCUAUGCUUUCAGAUAAGAUAAAGUAUACUAAGUUGGCUCAAGAAGGUAAAGAAGAGAUUGAUCUUUGAAAUUUUGAUGAUGAUGUUAAAAAUAUUUAUGCUUUGAGAUGUUCCAAUGAAGAUAUUCCAAUCAAAGAUGAGCAAUUUGAUGUGUAUAUCUCUAACUUCUCUAUCCAUAUUGUUAGUGAUCCAGAAGCAAUGCUCAGAGAGGCCCAUAGACUGCUGAAACCAGAGGGUACAAUUGGGAUUUCACUUUGGAAAAGAAGAGUGGAAUCUCCUUUCUUUAAGUUAUUCCCUGAGAUUUUACGUGAAAAUGGUGGAGAUAUUUCAGAUGAUUACUCAUACUUCAACAUGGAAGGGAGAGUUCCUUCCUACCUUGAAAAGACAGGAUUUAAAUCAAUUAAGAAAGCGACGAAAUACAUUCAUUACAAUGAGAACGUUGAGAAUGUAUUAAGAACUGCUUUAAAAACUCCUUUUUACCGUGAAUCGAUCCGCGCUAAUCCACAAGAAAUUGUAGAGCAAUCUAUUCAAGAAUUCUGCGAAGUCUACUCCAGAGAGUAUCCUCCAGAGGAAGAAAUGAUGCAUUUUGGAGUAGAGAUCUGAAUUGCUAACAAGUAGUUGUGAUUCUUUUUCAAUUAGCACUCA